UAGUCUUGUGUGGCUCUUCGGCGGGAGUGGAAGAAAAUCCAGAAUCUCUCUAAGGAACAACUCAACUUCUGGAUUGGAAUUUGACUGUACAGUGUGAUUGAUCGUCUCAGAAUUCUGAACAAGAAAGCAACUGUUUGGCAAAUUUGUGAAAGCAAGAGAAACGGUGCUCACUUAAUUCACGGCAAAUUAGUUGGCAGAUAUUUCUGGCAAAAAGUUCAAGAACAAUCUUCAUUCGGCAACAAAAGAAGCUGAGGAAGUGCAAAUUUAACUAAAUAGGCUGAAUUAACUUGAGGUUCUCUUCUGACGUUGUGUGAAGAGAAUCUUAACAACCUGCUUGACCCACUCUCGCGAGGAAGUAGUGCAACAACCGGUGUUCUAACAGGACACCAUUCCAUCUCGAAGGAAUCGACAGCGAAAAAGGAAAACACGACGACACCCAAGUGUGAACGAGAUGCCGGCGCGAUUCGAGGAUGUCUCUUCUGACACCAGACAUGGUGUCCCCAGGGAUUUGGGGAAUGCAAACUAUUAUGACCCGCGAUCUUUCCAAGAUGAGAUCGUCAUAUCGGGCAUCUCAGGUCGCUUGCCUGAGAGUUCCAACAUUGAGGAGUUCAAGAACAAUCUCUUCAAUGGCGUCGAUAUGGUGAAUGACGAUGCUCGGCGCUGGCCGGCGGGAUUAUAUGACUUACCGACGCGCCUCGGGAAAAUUAAGCAGGAGGAUUUGGAGAACUUCGAUCAGGGCUUCUUUGGCGUCCAUCAAAAGCAGGCUGAGGGAAUGGAUCCAGUGCUCAGGAUGCUCCUCGAGUGCACUCACGAAGCGAUCAUGGAUUCAGGAACCAAUCCUCAAGACAUUCGAGGCUCGCGGACUGGUGUCUACAUUGGUGUGUCGGCAGCUGAAACCGAGGAGCACUGGUGUGGCAAUCCGGAGAUGGCGAAUGGCUAUGGAUUGACGGGAUGUGCUCGGGCUAUGUUUGCGAAUCGUAUCUCCUUCACCUUUGAUUUGCGCGGACCCAGCUAUGCCGUCGAUACUGCCUGCUCCAGUUCCCUGUACGCCAUGUCUCAGGCCUUUGCGGACAUCCGCAGCGGUCGCUGUGAUGCUGCCAUUGUGGCCGGAGCUGGAAUCAUCCUGAAGCCCACCAUGUCACUGCAGUUCAAGAAGCUGAACAUGCUGAGUGCUGACGGCGCGUGCAGAGCUUUCGAUGCGUCUGGAGCUGGAUAUGUGCGCGCUGAUGGAUGUGUGGUGACCUUCCUGCAGAAGGCUAAGGACUCACAUCGAGUGUACUCGACAAUCUUGAACAUCCGAACAAAUACCGAUGGCGCGAAGGAGCAGGGCAUCACCUAUCCCAAUGGUGAGAUGCAGAAGAGACUAAUCAAGGAGACAUUCGAGGAAAUCAAUCUCAAUCCCAAUGAUGUGGUGUACGUGGAGGCUCACGGUACUGGUACAAAAGUGGGUGAUCCGCAGGAAGUGAACGCGAUCUGCGACUAUUUCUGCAAGGAUCGCAAGACACCCCUCCUCAUUGGCUCGGUGAAGUCCAACAUGGGCCAUUCCGAGCCUGCGUCUGGCGUGUGCUCGAUUGCCAAGAUGCUGAUCGCCAUGGAGGAGGGCGUUAUUCCUGGGAAUUUGCACUUUAAGAAUCCCAAUCCCGAUCUGUACGGCAUCAUGGACGGGCGGUUGAAGGUUGUGGACAAGAACACCCCAUGGAAUGGUGGUAUUAUCGCCCUGAAUUCCUUUGGUUUUGGAGGUGCGAACGCUCAUUUGAUUAUGAAGUCAAAUCCCAAGCCAAAGACCAUCAGUCCACUGGAUGGAUUCCCACGAUUGGCCGUGGCAUCGGGACGUACAAUCGACGCUGUUCAGACUCUGCUGGAAGACAUCGAGGCUCAUGCUGAUGAUGAGGAGUAUUUCGCGCUGGUGAAUGAAAUUCACAGCAAGAAUAUCCCACUGCACAACUAUAGAGGUUACACCGUGGUGGACAACAAGGGAGAACCUCUGCGUGAGGUGAUUGACCUGGCUGAGACAAAGCGUCCCAUCUGGUUCAUUUACUCAGGCAUGGGCUCCCAGUGGGCGCACAUGGCGAAGGAGUUAAUGCAGAUUGAGGUGUUCAGCAAGAGCAUUCAUCGGUGUGCAGAGGCGCUGCGUCCAGAAGGUAUUGAUCUGGUGGAUGUUGUAACCAAGUUGGAUGAAUCUCGCUUCGAUAUCCUGUACUCCUUCGUAUCUAUUGCCACUCUGCAAGUGGCUCUGACCGAUGUCCUGACGCAUUUGGGAAUCGUGCCUGAUGGCAUUGUUGGACACUCUGUCGGUGAGCUGGGAUGUGCCUAUGCAGAUGGGUGCUUCUCGCCAGAACAAACCGUCCUGGCUGCGUACUGGCGAGGAAAGAGCAUUCAGGAUACGACUCUGGUUCCCGGUACCAUGGCCGCAGUUGGUCUUUCAUGGGAAGAGUGCCUGAAGCGAUUGCCCAAGGAUAUCAUUCCUGCUUGCCACAACAGCACAGACAGUGUGACGAUCUCUGGACCCACGGAGUCUGUUAAUAAAUUCGUGGAGAUCUUGAACAAGGAAGGAGUUUUCGCCAAGGCGGUGAACUCAUCUGGGAUCGCCUUCCACAGCAAAUACAUCGCUGACGCUGGUCCGAAGUUGAAGAAAUCCCUCGACAAGAUCAUUCCCAAUCCCAAGAAUCGCACAGAACGAUGGGUUAGCUCGAGUAUUCCGGAGACAGCAUGGAAUACGCCAUUGGCAAAGCAGAGCUCUGCUGCUUAUCACGUGAACAAUCUGCUUUCACCUGUCCUCUUCCACGAGGCCAUUCAGCACAUUCCCAAGAAUGCCAUCUGCAUUGAAGUGGCACCUCACGGACUUCUCCAGGCCAUCCUGAAGCGCUCUCUCGGAAAGAAUGUGACCAACUUGAGUCUUGUGAAGCGCAAUCAUGAGAAUAAUGUGCAAUUCCUGCUGAGCAACAUUGGAAAGUUGUAUGGCUCCGGUGCACAGCCCGCUGUGAACAAGCUUUUCCGUCCUGUGUCAUUCCCGGUGGGACGCGGCACUCCAAUGCUCAACUCCAAGAUUGAGUGGGAUCACUCUGUGCGAUGGAUGGUGCCCAACAUGAGCGGAGAAGCCUCCUCUGGCGAAACUAUUGUGGAUUUCAACUUGAGCAAUGAGGACGAUGCCUUCCUGGCUGGUCACACUAUUGAUGGGCGCGUUUUGUUCCCGGCCACGGGAUACAUCACUCUGGCGUGGCGUCAGUUUGCCAAGACUCAGGGAACCACUUAUGAUCGCCUUCCUGUGGUGAUGGAAAACCUGGUCUUCCAUAGAGCUACGAUCAUGCCCGCCGAAGGACCUGUGAAGUUCGGAAUUAACUUCUUCGAUGGCUCUGGAAAGUUUGAGAUUUGCGAGGGUGGCUCUCUGGCCAUGUCGGGAACAAUUCGUGUCACUGAGAGCAUCGAGCUGGAGGAGUUGCCACUGGAUCCAGUUCCGGUAAGCAAGGCUGGUCUGCCACUGGACACUAACGAUGUGUACAAGGAGUUGCGUCUUCGUGGAUAUGACUACAAUGGACCUUUCCGCGGAGUUAUGCAGACAGACUCGAACGCUGACACUGGAAAACUGGAGUGGGCUGAGAAGAAUUGGGUGAGUUUCAUGGACACUAUGCUUCAAUUCAGCAUCAUGGGAAAGGAUUUGCGUGAGUUGUACUUGCCAACGCGUAUCGAGAGAGUGGUUAUCAACCCGGAGAAGCAUUUCGAGUUGGCUGAGGAGUAUGACGCUGGUGAGCGUGAGAGGUCAGUCUUCCCAGUGUACAUGUACAAGGAUAUCAAUGUCAUCAAGAGUGGUGGUGUGGAAAUGCGUGGAUUGCGUGCUUCCCUUGCGCCCAGGCGACAGGGAACUCAGGCGCCACCGAAGCUAGAGAGAUACACCUUUGUGCCCAACUACAACAGCCAUGAUCUCUCUGAGCAGCUGGACAUGGCGAGGGAGCACGCAAUUACCUCCGCUGUGCAUUUGGCCAUUGAGAAUUCCAAGGGAGCUCUUAAGAUCAAGACGGCUGAAUUGUUGCUGGACAAGACACCAGAGAAUUUGCUGAGUUUCAUCGUGCAGCGAACUAUUGAGGCUGAACCCACCCUGGCCAGUGAUGUGGCUGUUGUGGCCACUAAGAGCACACCUCAGUUGCAACAACUGGUGAAGGAUGCAGAGAUUCGUGUGGUGGCCAAGGAUGCCGCUGCUGGUCCAGUUGAAGCCAAUUGCCACAUGUGCAUUGCUGCUGAUGUUCUGACACGUCCCAAUGCUGAGGUGAUUUUGAGGAAUCUCAAGGAGUCCAUCAAGGAGGAUGGUUUUGUGCUGCUGGAAGAAUCUGCCCUCGAGAAGAGCAAUAGGGACAAUAAGCUCUUUUCCAAGCUGAACUUUGUCGUGGUUUCGGCUCAGAUGUGCUCGAAGAAGGAGUAUCUUCUCCUGCGCGCGGCGUAUGAUGUGAAGUCCUCCAACAGCCAAGUGAUUAAUGUGACCGACAAGAACUUCGAUUGGGUGGACCUUGUCAAGCUGGCCAUUCUAACCGCGGAGGGUGAGAACAAGCUGGUGUACAUUGUGUGCCAGGGCGAAGAAUUAUUUGGCGCCGUGGGAUUCAUGAAUUGCAUCAAGAAUGAGAACGGCGGCAAAUUUGCCAGGAUGGUCUUCAUUCAAGAUGCCAAGGCACCAGCAUUCUCUCUCACACACCCCUUGUAUGCGGAGCAACUGAAGAAGGACCUCAUCACGAAUGUACUUAAGAAUAAUGCCUGGGGAACGUUCCGUCACUUGAAACUGGAGUGCCAGCAGAAUGUGCCUACGCUUCAAGUGGAGCAUGCUUACGUGAAUGCCCUCACGAAGGGUGAUCUGUCUAGCUUGAAGUGGAUUGAGGGGCCUCUGUGCCGCGAUCGUCCUGAUCCUAAGGAUCCUCGUGUGGAGUUGUGCACAGUGUACUAUGCUCCAGUGAAUUUCCGCGACGUUAUGCUGAGUUCAGGAAAAUUGGCCGCUGAUGCUCUACCCGGAGAUCUCGCUCAGCAAGACUGCAUUCUCGGUCUGGAAUUCUCAGGACGAGAUGUCAAGGGGAAUCGCAUCAUGGCUAUGGUGUCGGCUAAAUCCCUCGCCACAACUUGCGUGGUUCAGAAGAAUAUGCUGUGGCGUGUUCCAGACUCCUGGACAUUGGAGCAGGCCUCCACAAUUCCAUGCGUCUACUCAACGGUAUACUACGCCUUGGUGAUGCGCGGCAAGAUGAAGAAGGGCGAAUCGAUUCUUAUUCACGCUGGAUCUGGUGGUGUUGGUCAGGCAGCGAUCUCGGUGGCACUCAACGCUGGCCUCACUGUGUACACCACAGUCGGCAGCAAGGAGAAGAGGGAGUUCCUGAAGAAAACCUUCCCACAAUUGACGGACCGACACAUUGGCAAUUCACGUGAUUGUUCAUUUGAACAAUUGAUUAUGCGUGAGACGAGAGGCAGAGGUGUGGAUUUGGUGCUCAAUUCGCUGGCUGAGGAGAAACUCCAGGCGUCCAUAAGGUGUCUUGGACUCAAUGGGCGAUUCUUGGAGAUUGGCAAAUUCGAUCUGAACAACAACAGCCCUCUGGGAAUGUCAGUGUUCCUCAAGAACACCAGUUUCCACGGCAUCUUGCUGGACAGCGUGAUGGAGGGCGAUGAUGAGACCAUUGCCACUGUAGUGCAGCUCGUCAAUGAUGGUAUUAAGAAUGGGGCUGUCCGACCACUGCCGACAAGUGUAUUUGGCGACCAGCAAGUGGAGCAAGCCUUCCGUUUCAUGGCGUCUGGAAAGCACAUCGGCAAGGUGGUGAUUAAGGUGCGCGACGAGGAGAAGCAAAAGCAAGUCGUGCCAGCGCCAAGGCUCAUCAAUGCCAUCCCGCGGACUUACAUGCACAAGGAGAAGACUUACGUGAUUGUGGGCGGUUUAGGUGGAUUCGGCCUGGAAUUGACACACUGGUUGAUUUCGCGAGGUGCGAAGAACAUCGUGUUGACAUCCCGAAGUGGCGUUAAGACAGGAUAUCAGUCUCUGAUGGUGCGCAGAUGGAAGGAGAAGGGAGUGAAUGUGGUGGUGGACAAAAAUGACGUGACCACACUAAAGGGAGCACAGCAGCUGCUGAAGGAGGCGAAGAAACUGGGACCUGUCGGUGGCAUUUUCAACUUGGCCGCUGUGCUGCGCGAUGGUCUCUUUGAGAAUCAACUUCAGGAGGACUUCCGUGCAGUGUGUCUUCCCAAAGUCGACGGCACAAAGUUCUUGGACGCGGCCUCUCGGGAAUUGUGCCCUGAUCUGGAUUACUUCAUCUGCUUCUCGAGUGUGUCCUGCGGGCGAGGAAAUAUUGGACAGGUGAACUACGGCUUGGCCAAUUCUGCAAUGGAGAGAAUAUGCGAGGCUCGUCAAGUGGCCGGAUAUCCAGGAACGUCCAUUCAGUGGGGCGCAAUUGGAGACACAGGUCUUGUGCUUGAACACUUGGGCGACAAUGAGACUGUUGUUGGUGGAACUCUGCCUCAGAGAAUGGUGUCCUGCCUGCAAACCAUGGAUCUGUUCCUGCAGCAACCGCAUCCAGUGCUCGCCUCAAUGGUUGUGGCUGAGAAGAGACAAGCGGACAAUGCUGGAAGAAUGAGUCUUGUCACAUGCAUUGCAAAUAUUCUCGGACUCAAGGAUCUCAAGAACAUCUCCAAUUCCUCGACGCUCGCCGAUCUGGGCAUGGAUUCUCUCAUGGGCGCUGAAAUUAAGCAGACUCUGGAGAGGAAUUACGAUUUGGUGUUGAAUGCACAAGAGAUCAGACAACUUACAUUUGGAAAGCUCAAGGCAUUUGAAAGUGGAGCUACAACACCAUCAUCCGCCCUGGGAAGCUCAAUGUCCAAUAGAGAUGAAAUGGAGGCUGAGGAUAUGGCUGUGCAAGUGGAAUUCUCACAGGAGUUCAUGCCAACGGAUGUUCUGGUGCGCCUGGAAUCCAAUGCUCCUGCGAGUAGCAAGCAAAAGCCGCUGUUUGUGAUUCACGCUAUUGAGGGUAUGGUGGCUGCUUUGAAACCACUGGCGGCGGAGCUGAAUUGCCCAGUUUGGGGUCUUCAGUGCACUGCUGAUGUGCCUUUGGAGUCCUUCGUGCACCUCGCCAAAUUCUACAUCAAGCAAAUGAAGACCGUGCAGAGCAAGGGUCCGUACACGAUCGCUGGAUAUUCCUAUGGAGCGGCAGUGGCGUAUGAGAUUGCCUCGCAGUUGGAGAAGGAGAAUGAGAAGAGCACGUUGAUCUUGCUGGACGGAUCUCCAAGCUAUGUCAGCACCCAGACAAGACUACAGAGACAGCGAUCCACAAUUGCUGGAUCACAGGCUCACGAUGAGGCGUACUCUCUAGCGUACUUCGCAUUGGUGGCUGCACAGCUGAACUAUUCAGCUGUGGGCAAGGAGCUGGAAAUUCUGCCAACAUACGAGGACAGACUGAGGAGGUGUGCCGAGUUGAUUCACGACGUUACAAAGCACAAUCAUGAACUGAUAUCAGUCACAGCCACAACAUUCUUCAAGAAGCUGGUGGCUGGAGAUUCCUAUCAACCUAGUAUGAAGAUUAAGGCCGAUGUUACUCUUGUCAAGUGCACAUCCGGCGUUACCAAAUUUUCUGAGGAUUAUGAUUUAAGCGAGAUUUGCGAGAAGGCAGUUGACGUUCAUGUUGUUGAGGGUAAUCAUCGCACAUUCCUCACUGGAGAGUCUGUACAAAAGGUUGCAGAGAUUGUACAGAAGAUAGUUAAUUAGGUGUAAACUUUCGACACAUUUGCGUAAGACAGAUAAGAAAUCAUUACUAGAAGAAUCACAUUUUGUACAACAUUCCAUUAAGUGUUGCUGCUAUUUCCGGCAACGUAAUCACAUGAGUUAUGAAUUAAUAUAAUGAAUAGUUGAAUGUCACAGGAUCAAUGUUGUUUUCAAAACUAUUUCGAUGGAAUCUAACUAAAAGGGAAUUUAUAAAUGUAGUACACAAAGAUGUAAAAUGAAUUAUUAUAUAAAAUACUCGUAGGAAUUUGCAUACGAAAUCAAGUGCAUUGCAUAUUUUCACGGCUUCAUUAAUGUCUCUUGGGGAUAAUCACAAAGAUAAUAUUUUUUGUAAUGAAUUGCACCUUAAAGUUACAAUAAAUUGGAAAAAAUAAAUGUCACAGAAUUAUGAAUAAUACAA